AUGUAUCAGAUAGUCCCUUAUCAUUCAAAAUUUUUUGGUUUAAACACAAAAUUGUCCAAUUUUACAACAACAAAAAAUUACAGUACUGGUAGAUGUACCAAAAUAUUCACCUCCAAAAGAAGUUUCGAAAAGGCGGUCAAACCAUCAGCUAAAAUUCAAAGAUUAGUACUGGAAAAUGGGUUGGGUAGACCUGUAACAAUUGACGAACAUAAAGCUUUCCAUUCCUGUGCACAGCAAGCGAAAUUUUCUCCAAUUUUUCUUGGUCAAAUUAAACCUAAAAUUGGGCUAUGUGCCUCUGUCAUCAAAUUUGAAUCUUUACCAAAACCCAUAAUUCCAGAGAUAGCCGUAGCUGGCCGUACAAAUUGUGGUAAAUCACAAUUAAUUAAUUCCCUUUGUGGCCAAAUCGGCAAUUGUCCCAUUGGAAAAUCACCGGGUACUACUAGAAAACUAAACUUUUAUAAGAUCGGAUCCCCGCCAAAGUUGGUGUUAGUAGACUUACCUGGUUAUGGAUUUGCCCCUGUCAAAGAGGAGAAGAGGGUUAAAUGGUUUGAAUGCAUGACACUAUAUUUAACGUCAAGGCCGAAUCUAAAACGAGUUAUCAUUGCAAUUGAUAGCCGCCUCGGGCUAAAAAGAACUGACAUAGACAUGCUAUCAUUUCUUGAUCAUAAGAAGAUCAAAUGGCAAGUGGUGCUGACUAAGUGUGAUUUGGUAGUCCCAUAUCGAUUGUGCCAGAGAAUACAAGUAACACAGAUGGAAUUGGCACAAUUCAAAGGUAGUAUAGGUGAUAUAAUUCCAAUUAGUGCCUUACGUAAUCAAAAUCUUAACUCACUGCGCGCUAGCGUUGAAAAUGCAGUACAAAAUUAUAUACCACAAAGAAGUGUCCUCAAGGCGCCGCCACAACCUCUAUCCGAUCAAAAUGAAAGUGUAGAUUUAAUAGAUGCAGAUUAUACACAGCCAAUUGGUACUAGUAACAUUGAAAUAAACUAUUUGUGUUUUGAUCAGAUCAUUGAAAAUAAUGUACAACAAAUGAUAGAUAAGCUUUGUGGUGAAGUUACUCUGGAUAAAGCCACAAGGCCAAUUCAAAUAGAUACUUUGCCAUCACUAUUAAGUUCAUCAGUUGAAUGUGUUCAAGGAAAUAAUUUACUUUUCGACUUUGAAGGGGUAGACACUCAAAUUGACAGAUUUAACGUAAAACUAGUAGUCCCCAAACCCAAGCCUUCACCUAAGCUACUGGGUAGAAAAUAUACAUAUCCUCUCGAAUUACCUAAAAACGAAUCAACAAGCUUGGUCAAACAGAUGCCUAAAUCAGUUGCAUUACAAUUAUUCCCGCGGCUCAACCUCAUUAGGAUUAGAGGUUCGUUAAAAUAUCGCAUUUUGGGCCGUAACAAAUCCACUAGGUUGAAAUUUUCAGCGUUGAGAAACAUGUCCCUAUUUCAAAAGGUUAAAGAUGCCAAAUCCAGUGGUAUCACUGAUUGGAACAAGAUUUAUUCCAAAUAUAUUCGCUGGGCUAGAAAAUAUCCAGAAUUAGCUAGCAUAAACAAAAUACCAGUUUCUAAAGCAGUCGUUAUUUCUGAGUAUAAUAAUUAUGUAAAACGCACUGGUAAAAAUACAAAAUCGUAA